GUUAAUAUUGAGCCAUUCUUUUCGAGGGAUCUAAACUGUGGCCUUAGUUUGGGAUUUUUUUAUUGAGGGGAUUGAAAUCCAUUUUAGAGAAGAAGAGCCAGCCUACUAGUGCGGCGGAACAGAGGAAAUCAGGUGGAGGAUGAAGGGUGGUCGGAGGCCGAUCUACGCGGCGAUAACAUGGCUGAGCCGGCAACCGCCGAAGGUGAAAGCAUUUCUGGCCGUGAUAGCGGGGAUGGCCACGCUGGCGAUGCUCCGAGCCGUCAUCCACGACCACGACAAUCUUUUCGUCGCUGCCGAGGCUGUUCACUCCCUCGGGAUUUCCGUUCUCAUCUACAAGCUCACCAAAGAAAAAACCUGCGACGGGCUUUCACUAAAAUCCCAGGAACUCACAGCCAUGUUCUUGGCUGUUAGACUGUACUGCAGUUUUGUAAUGGAAUACGAUAUACACACAGUUCUUGAUCUGGCUACACUCGCUACGACUCUGUGGGUUAUUUACAUGAUUCGUUUUAGUCUAAGAUCAAUUGAAAUGGAGCACAGAGACAGUUUUCCCAUAUAUUUUGUGGUUCUACCUUGUGCAAUUUUAGCUUUGCUCAUUCACCCAACUACAUCACAUCACCUUGUAAACAGAAUCCUAUGGGCUUUUUGCGUGUUCUUGGAAGCCGUUUCUGUGCUUCCUCAACUGCACGUGAUGCAAAACACUAAGAUCAUCGAACCAUUCACAGCUCAUUAUGUAUUUGCAUUGGGUGUUGCAAGGUUCUUAAGCUGUGCUCACUGGGUACUACAGGUUUUGGAUAGUCGCGGACAUCUCCUUGUGGCUCUAGGUCAUGGCUUAUGGCCUUCUAUGGUGCUUAUAUCUGAAAUAGUUCAAACUUUCAUCUUAGCAGACUUUUGUUACUACUACAUGAAAAGUGUUUUUGGAGGGCAGCUCGUGCUGCGCCUUCCUACUGGAGCUGUGUAAGACAACAUGAUGAUAAAACAUAUCUCAACCCUCUUUUGAAUGAAGUUUUUCCGGUCCCCAUCUCUUAUUUUUGCCCCUUUUGGUAGUUUUUAAUUCCCUAUAGUGCUUAAAAGUAAAUCCAUUAAUUUUUG